AUGACAACCAACUCUCUGACCACUUGCUGCGAGUCCACCGGCAGAUCCAUCGCCGACUCCGGAGUUGCGGCGUCCGGGCAGACACCAGUCUACUGUCCCGUGUACGAGAGUCGGUUGCUGGCCACGGCUAGGCAUGAGCUCAGCUCAGCCGCAGCGCUGGGCGUGUACGGGAGCCCCUACACCGGCGGACAAGGCUAUGGGAAUUACGUUACAUAUGGCACGGACGCCUCGGCUUUCUACUCGCUGGGCACAUUUGAUACUAAAGAUGCCACAGCUUCUGCCCAUGCGGGGAUAACCCAGGCAACAGCCUACUACCCUUAUGAUCCUACCUUGGGACAGUACCAGUAUGACAGAUACGGUUCCAUGGAUGGGGGAACGAGGCGGAAGAACGCCACACGCGAGACAACCAGCACGCUGAAGGCCUGGCUGCAGGAGCACAGGAAGAACCCGUAUCCCACUAAAGGAGAGAAGAUCAUGCUGGCCAUCAUCACCAAGAUGACCCUGACGCAGGUCUCCACCUGGUUCGCAAAUGCCAGGAGGAGGCUCAAGAAGGAGAACAAGAUGACAUGGCCACCUAGAAACAAGGGCUCAGAGGAGAAGAGAUAUGACGAAGAUGAAGAUGGGUCUCAGGAGGAGCAGAUAAAGAGCGAGAACAAUGAGGAUGAGACCAGGAGUCGGGCUGAUAAGGACCUCCAGUUGAGCGAUCUGGACGAUUUCGACACGCUGGAGUCUGAGAGCUCUGAGUGUGAGUUGAAGCACCGAUACCACAUGAACACACACAUGUCAACAACGGGCGACUGCCCCACCGAGCACCUCAUCAAGGACGCGUCUCUGAAAAUUCCCAUCCCUGUUUCUCUGGGAGGGGAGCAGGACUUGAGCAAAGGUUGUCUCAAAACGAGCCCGGAGGAUUUCCAACUGGACAGCAGACAGCAGGUGAAAGCAUGCUAUAACCAGCAACAACAACAGCACCAGAUAGUAGACGGCAAACCGCGGAUCUGGUCUUUGGCCCAAACUGCGACGUCCCUCAACCAGACUGAGUACCCGUCCUGUAUGCUGAGGUGCCAGCCGCCGCCCUCCUCCCUCACCCCAUCCCCCGCCGCUACCUCACCCGUGACCGGCCUGGACAACAGGCAGGACUCGCCGGUCACGACCCUGAGAAACUGGGUGGACGGGGUUUUCCACGACCCCUUGUUCAGGCACAGCACAUUGAGCCAGGCUCUGACCAACACCACCGUCUCUUGGACCACGAACGCCAAAGGCGCCAUUCUGGAGGCUGAGAGGAGCACGGCAGCCUUGCAGCAGCACCAAGACUCCUCCAAAGACAGUGACAUGAGUUUCCCAAAAACUAUCAACAAACUCUUCUGUUCCUAACAAAACCAAAUGACCCUUUUAUUGCGAAAAGAGAGAGACUUUUUGUGACUGACUGAAAGUCGGAUGGAAAAGCUUAUUUCGUCUCUAUGAUUCCCUCAUUAUGUUUUAUUCGUUUGAGGAAAAAGCAGUGUUAGCUAUAUACUGUUACAUUGGCGUUACACUAGUGACAUGUCCGAUUGGCUGAGCAUAUUUCAUUUAACGCACGCACAAAACAUAUCGAAACGUAUAACUAAAAGUUUACAUAUUGGGAAAAAAUGGGCCUAAGGUUUACAUGUUUUUUCUUUUUUUUUCUUUUUUUUAUUUACUACGUGCAUGCAAAUGUAAUUGAAUUUAGGUUUCAGAAGUUGAGCAUCACUAUUAAAAGAAAAAAAGUCUCACAAAUGCACAGCUCUCUUUGGAAGUGGAUGAGAGCGUCUCAACUUUGUUCACUGAAAAUAAAAGCAGUCGGUUUCUGAA